CACGAAAAUCCCACACCAUGUCGCGCCUCAUUGACCAAGAAAAUGCCGUGCGCACGACGCCAAUGCGAGUCUGCUGUCUUGGGAUGUGCAGGACGGGCACGCUGUCGCUCUACUCCGCGCUCCAGACCUUGGGGUAUCGGCCCUACCACUUUAUGGAGACUCUCUUGCAUGGAGAGCGCGACUUUCCGUUGGUGACCGAGGCCUGGGAUGCCAAGUUCAACGGCACGUGCAAGCCGUAUGGCCGGGAAGAGUUCGACAAGUGGUAUGGCGACUACGAUGCGAUUGCCGAUAUCCCUGCAUCAUUGUUUGCCGAUGAGCUGCUGGUAGCAUAUCCAGAUGCCAAAUUUAUCCUGACAGACCGUGAUCCGGACGCAUGGAUGGCGUCGAUGCACAAAACCGUAUUUGCCUCGAGUACCAACAGGGCGAUUUGGUACCAAAAGUGGGUUGACUGGAAGUACACUUGGCCGAUGGACAAGUCGCUCCAGAUGUUCAUGAAGGUUUGGUCGAAUUUCGACACGGGGGACAAAGCCCGCCAGGCGUACAUCGACCACGUCGCUCAUGUCAAAGCUAUCGUUCCGCCGGAGAAGCUGCUUGUUCUGAAGUUGGAGGAUGGCUUUACUUGGGAGAAGCUGUGUACCUUUCUGGACAAGCCGAUUCCCGACCAGCCUUAUCCUCGUGGACAUGGCGCCGAAGCUUUCAACAAGCUUUUGCAACAGAUGGGACAAGAUGCACUCAUGCGUGCUGUUAAGCGGUGGUUGGUGUAUCUGACUCCUGUUAUCGCUUUUGGGGCGUUAUACUACAUGCCUCAGCGGGGGCGUCUGAGGCUUCCUUGGAUUUGAGGACCAGUCGUUUAUUUCUGAGGGUGAUCAGCAACAAUGACCUCUCCUUAUAGAGGCAGGGCGUUAUGUGUAAGGUAGAAGGUUGUCCAUAAGAAAGCGAAGUCUCAAUGCACAUGUCUCGAAGCGCCAAACAGGUAGUCCAAAGAACCGG